AUGCGCAGCCCGCGCUCGCGUCUGAGCGAAGAAGAAGAGCGGCAGUACGAGCAGAGCAUGCGCGAGCUGACCCCGGACUACUGCCCGUUCGCUGCGGACGACCUGCCGAAGGACAUCCAGCUGGGCCGCGUGCACUGGAAGCGCAGCACGAGCGGGCGAAUCCACGUGCAGGAGCCGAUCAACGGCGUGCGCGAUAUCUUCUUCCAUCUGCGCGACUGCGAGCUCAAGCCGGGCGAGGAGAUCCAGCUGGGCGACCAGGUGAUGUUUGAGCUCGCGCUGUUCGAGGGAAGGCUGUGUGCGGUGCAUGUCAAGAAGAUGGCGACGAAGGUCAUCCCGUCGCCCGAUUUUAGUCGGCGGGUAAUGAAGCACAGUGAGGAGGCGGGACCGAAGGUGGACUCUCUUGUGUUAUAA